AUGGAAAGUGAUUGUAUUCAAUCAAUUAAGAUGUUGCGCUUCUUAAGCCGGAGAGGUCGUUCAUCAAGCCAAAACCGUAAUAAACAAACUUUAAAGGCUUCUAGUAACAAGAAUUUGAUACAAUGCAAAGUUAUAUUACUUGAUGAAACAGAUUUAUCCAUAAAUUUAUCAAAAAAAGCUAGUGCAGGAGACCUGUAUGAACAAGUUUUUUAUUCCUUAGACUUAAUCGAAAAGGAUUAUUUUGGUCUGCAAUUUACUGACACUCACAAUGUUAAGCAUUGGUUAGAUCCAACUAAGACUAUUAAAAAACAAGUUAAAAUAGGACCUCCCUAUACUUUAAGACUCAAAGUUAAAUUUUAUUCCUCUGAACCAAAUAACCUAAGGGAGGAGCUGACUAGGUAUCAGUUUUUUUUACAACUGAAGAAAGAUAUCUUAGAGAGUAAGUUAGAAUGUCCGCAUUCCACUGCUGUAGAAUUAGCUGCUUUGGCACUGCAGUCUGAACUAGGAGAUUUUGAUGAGAAUAUCCAUACACCCGCUACUGUUUCUGAGUUUAGAUUUGUGCCAAAUCAAACUGAAGAAAUGGAAAUAGAAAUUUUGGAAGAAUAUAAGAAAUGCAAAGGACUUACGCCUGCACAAGCUGAAGUAAAUUACUUGAAUAAAGCUAAGUGGCUUGAAAUGUAUGGUGUUGAUAUGCACAUUGUGCUAGGCAAAGAUGGGUGUGAAUAUCAUCUUGGAUUGACACCCACAGGCAUUUUAGUGUUUGAGGGACCCCAAAAGAUUGGCCUGUUCUUUUGGCCCAAAAUAAGCAAAUUAGAUUUCAAGAAAAAAAAACUUACACUAGUAGUUGUUGAAGAUGAUGAUCAAGGCCGUGAACAAGAACAUACUUUUGUAUUCAGACUUCAUAAUGAAAAAGCUUGUAAACAUCUUUGGAAAUGUGCUGUUGAGCAUCACACUUUCUUCCGCCUAAGAGCACCUGUCAAAGGUCCUUCUGCUCGACAAAACUUCUUUAGAAUGGGUUCAAGGUUCCAAUAUUCUGGAAAAACAGAAUAUCAAACAACACAACAAAAUCGUGCUAGACGGACAGUACAAUUCGAAAGGCGUCCAAGUCAAAGAUUUGCACGUCGCCAAAGUCAUGUAUUGAGAGAACGUGAGAGGCAAAGCACAGCCAAGGCAGACACGACUCAGUCUGAGACAACUGUUGAAAUACCUAGCACUUCUUGUGACACUCCAGUUUUGGUACCUGACAUUGUUACUAUUUCAAGAAAAAGUAGUGCCAAGUCACAGAAAUCUACUCUGAUCGAAUCAGAGUCGAAAGCUGAAGUUGGUGAACCAUCAACAAAGAACUUGCUACAUGAGGAACCUGAAGCUGAAGAAGUGUUGAUUUCAAAAGAGGAUGCUAUAAGUAACAAAAUUCUUUUUAAAAUGGAUAAGCCUGUUAAUGAAGAAAAGAAAAACAAUUUAACACAGCUUGUUAUCAACAAGCCAGCAUGCAGCUGCUCACCUGUCACGGAAUCAAACCCUCUAAAUGACCUUCUAAUGAGCUUGGUUAAGGAGAAGCUAAACAGUGAUGAUUCUAAAAAUGAAGCAAAGAGAGAUCAACUAGACUCUGCAAGUGAUAAGGAAGUUCCUAAUAAUCAAACAAAAUGCUAUCUAUCUUCUACUAAGGCAUUGCCACCUGGUCAAAUGAAGUGCAACAAUAUUUUGAAAGCUAGAGAAAAUGAGGUAAAGAUAAUAAAUGAAUCUACGAAUAUCAAUCUUGCUGUACCAUCAACACCAUCACCUAAAAUCCUGAAUGAACCUACAAAUCCCAUUAAUUCACAAUAUGUAUCUAUUGUGGUUGUCGAACCACCUCAUAAUCAACCUAAAUUAGUUGCACCAAAACCGACAGAAAAGAAAGAAGAUGUGAUUCCAAAAUCCCAACCAAUAUCUUCCCUGUCACCAUGGCUGGUCACAUCAGAACCAAGUUCUCCGUCAGGUAUGGGUGAGAAGGAGAUAACAAUAAUUCAUCGUAAGUCUGUAAUUACUACACAAUUAUAA